AUGGGCAAAGACCCCGCCACCACAGGGGAGGAAAUCGCCGCCCCAACCGUCACGCACGAUGAACGACCCCCCGCAGAGUCGAAAUGGAAAAUGGCCGCCAAGUCGAAAGACGGCGACACGGCCAUGGCCCUCUUCAACGACGUCGAGGACCUGCGCGAGGCCAUCGAUCCGGCAGAGGAGCGCAAGCUGCUGUGGCGGAUUGAUCUGAUGAUUCUGCCGUAUUUGGCGGUUUGUUAUGCGUUUUUCUACAUUGAUAAGACAACCCUCAGUUAUGCCGCCAUCUUCGGCAUUCGGCAGGAUCUGCACCUCGAGGGCACAGAGUACAACUGGCUCAGCAGCCUGUUCUACUUUGGCUUCUUGGCCUGGGCGUUUCCGACGAAUUUUUUGCUGCAGCGGUUGCCAAUUGGGAAAUACCUCGGUUUUAAUAUCUUUAUGUGGGGCGUGUUCUUGAUGCUCCAGGCUGCCUGCAACAGUUUCGCCACGCUCGCCGUCCUUCGAGUGUUAUCAGGCGCCGCAGAGGCCUGCUCGGAUCCCGGCUUCAUGCUCAUCACCAGCAUGUGGUACACGCGCAAGGAGCAACCGGUGAGGAUUGGCCUGUGGUACACGGCCAACGGGUUCGGCAUCGCCAUGGGCGGGUUGUUUGGCUAUGCCAUCGGGCAUAUCCGGGGGGCACUGCCGUCGUGGAAAUAUGAAUUCCUGGUCAUCGGCGCACUCUGCUCGGCUUGGGGCAUCGUCAUGUUCCUCUUCCUCCCCGACUCGCCCGUCACUGCACCCGGCCUCAGCCUGAAGCAUCGCCGCAUGGCCGUCGAGCGGCUGCGCGAGAACCAGACCGGGGUCGAGAACAAGCAUCUCAAGCCGUACCAGAUCUGGGAGGCGUUUACAGACUAUAAGCUGUACUUCUUCUUCAUCCUUGGUGUUGUUUGUAACAUCCCCAACGGAGGCAUUUCGAACUUUGGCACGAUUAUCAUCCAGGGGUUUGGGUUUUCGACCCUCGUGACGACUCUGAUGCAGAUCCCCUACGGCGUCCUCAUCGCCCUCUCCAUCCUCACCUGCGUGUUUCUCAACGACCGCUUCAAGAACCGCCGCUGCGUCUUCAUCCUCAUCUUCCUGAUCCCCAACCUGGUGGGAGCCUUUGGGCUGCGGUUUGUGCCUCUUGACCGCAAGGUUGGCCGCUUGCUGUGCUACUACCUGACGGGGCCGUACAAUGCGGCGUUUGUGUUGGUGCUCAGCAUGCAGAUUGCGAAUACGGCGGGCCACACGAAAAAAGUCGUCACCAACGCGGUCCUCUUCCUCGGGUACUGCACGGGGAACAUUGCAGGGCCGUUCUUCUACAAGACUGAUCAAUCCCCUACCUACCGCCUCGGCAUCUGGUCCAUGAUCGUCUCGCACCUCGUCGAGGCCGUCCUCAUUUCGAUUCUUGGCCUGCUCCUGCGGUGGGAGAACCAGAAGCGCGACCGCAUCCAGUCGCAGCAGGAGGGCGGUCUGGAGGGCAGAGAUCUUGAUGCGACGGCGUUUUUGGACCUGACGGAUCGGGAGAAUAUGAAGUGA